AUGCUGAACUCUGAAUUAAACCUACCAUGUAGGAAUUCUGAGCUGAGUGAAUCCAGCAGCCUCCUGACUGAAGAGCAGUUACAGUGUUCCAUCUGUCUGGAUGUGUUCACUGAUCCCGUCACCACUCCAUGUGGACACAGCUUCUGCAACAGCUGCCUCACACAAAGCUGGGAUAUGCGUAAACAUUAUUAUUGUCCAUAUUGCACAGAGAAAUUCACCAAGAGACCUGAACUCAAGAAAAAAGUCUUGGAUAAGUCUCAGGUUCUUUGUGACUUCUGCACUGGUGUGAAGCAGAAGGCCUUGAAAUCCUGUCUGGAUUGUGGUGUGGCUCUCUGUUCAUCUCAUUUAGAUCUUCAUAAUAAUGUUCAAAAAUAUAAGAAACACAAACUAAUAAAUGCAGUGGAGAACCUGGAGAAAUACAUUUGCCAGAAGCAUGAGAGACCUCUGGAGAUGUUCUGUAGAGACGAUCAGAAGUGUGUGUGUCAGUUCUGUACUGUGACAGACCACAAGAAUCACAAUGUUAUUCUAUUAGAGGAGGAGAGUGGAGAGAGGAAGAGUCAGCUGGGGAAAACACAGACGGAGCUGCCGCAGAUGAUCCAGGAGCGACUGAAGAAGAUCCAGGAGAUUAAUCACUCAGUAGAGCUCAGCAAAAGAAACACAGAGAAAGAGAAAUCAGACAGUAUUGAAGUCUUCUCCGCUCUGAUUCGCUCCAUUGAGAGGAGUCAGGCUGAGCUGCUGGAGGUGAUGGAGAGGAAGCAGAAAGCAGCAGAGAAGCAGGCUGAAGGACUCAUUAAAGAGCUGGAACAGGAAAUCGAUGAGCUAAAGAGGAGAGACACUGAGCUGGAGCAGCUCUCACACACUGACGAUCAUCUCCACCUCCUACAGAUAUAUCCGUCACUGUGCAUCGCUCCACACACCAAGAACUGGACUGAGAUCAGGAUUAACAUGGAACUGAGUGUGGAAGCUCUGAGGACGACUCUGUCUCAGCUUCAGAAGACUCUGAAUGAGAAACUCAGUAAGCUGAAGGAAAAAGAACUGAAGAGGAUUCAGCAGUAUGCAGUGGAUGUGACUCUGGAUCCUGAUACAGCUUCUCCUCAUCUCAUCCUGUUUGAUGAUGGAAAACAAGUGAUGUAUGGAGACACAAAGCAGAAUCUCCCAGACACCCCAAAAAGAUUCACUAAGCAUCCAAUUGUCUUGGGAAAUCAGGGUUUCUCCUCAGGGAGGUUUUACUAUGAGGUGCAGGUCAGCGGGAAGACUGCGUGGGAUUUAGGAGUGGCCAGAGGGUCUGUUAACAGGAAGGGGAAGAUUACACUUACACCUCGGGAUGGAUUCUGGACUGUGGCACUGAGGAAGGGGAAUGAGUAUAAGGCUUAUGAUGAUACCAGUAUCUCCCUCUACCUGAGAAAGAAGCCCCAGAAGGUGGGCGUGUUUGUGGAUUAUGAUGAGGGUCUGGUCUCCUUUUAUGAUGUUGAGGCCAUGUCUCAUAUCUACUCUUUCACUGGUCAGUCUUUCACUGAGAAACUCUAUCCAUACUUCUGUCCUUUUGAAACUGGAAGUAAAAUGUCAGCACCACUGAUAAUCUCUCGUGUAUCAAAGACUGAAUAAGUUCUCACCUCAUCUAUUCAGUAAUGUAUGAAAUGACCAGAAUGGAAGACAUUG